UCAUGCUGCUGCCAGGACCAGAGUAUCUCAUGGGGUUCCCUGUAUAAACGGCCUCCCCAUUGCUGCUGUCUCCAUCACCACACUACUUGCCAUGUGCCACUUUCAGUCUCCUCUCACACACUGCUGGGUUCCAUUUGUCAUAGGGUGCUGGCAGAUUACGGGCCUCCCAUUGCUGCUGCCAGGCCUUAAUCUGCCAUUGGCCCCUGUACCGCCUCCUCAUGCCUGCUGCCAGGUCCACAGUGUCUCAUGGGGUCCCUGAACCGCCUCCCAUUGCUGCUGUCUCCAUCGCCACACUCUGCCAUGUGCCACUUUCAGGUCUCCUCACACUGCUGGUGUGUUACAUUUUU